AUGGCACACGAAUUAGAUCCCAGCUGGCUCUGGGGUUGGUUGUGGGAUUCUAUUUUCACCAUCGACGAGCCUUUCGACAACAAAUACUACAUAAUUGCAUUCGCCACCAUCUACGUUCUUUACAAGGCCCUCAAGGCGAUGGGUAACGUCCUUGUGCCCACCACAAUCCUUCUCGGCAACUGUCUUGUCAGCUUGGCCGUACUGAUCCUUUCCGUCCUCAAGUUAUUCAUUUUGGUUCUUAUUCCAAAGGUAUUUCGAUACGGAUUCGAAAGGCCCAUAGGACCAUUCUUUUCCACCAUGUGGAAUGUAUGGGAGUAUCUUGCGAUUCCAAGCAUCCUUACACACCUUGCCAUGAUCAGAUUCAGGGCUAGCCAAGCAAAAGAAAUGUUGAGGGUAUAUCUCAAUUCUACACGAGACGAGCUAUACGAGAUCACGGGCACUGAAUUUAAAUACCCUGACCUACCAGGCGGAGACAUAACCGGCAUCCAGCCCAGCGAUACUGGUGCAAAACGGUGGAUGAGACAGCUGGUCGAGGAGGACAAUAUCAGGAGACAAGCUCAAGUCCUCGACGAGCAGAAUCGGAUUGCCGAAGCAGAAAACCAGAGAAUGGGAAUCGAGAAGGAGAGGCAGAAGCUCGAGAAUGAGAGGACUGGCUUAGUCUGGGAGGGCCUUCAAUCAAGAGGGCCAGCAAACAGCCAACACAUCCGAGAAAUGGCUCGCCUGAGGCUGCUUGCUCCUCCCAGAUCUGCUGAGGCGACAUUAGCUGGAAGCUUUAGAGCCACUGACCCUGUAUCUCUGCCCCCUGUCCAUGAGCCCGCUCCGGUAAAUUCAACUGUUCCGGUAACCUCAACUAUAUCGGGACCUUUAACCAUACUGGAACCUGUAACUAUACUUGGACCUGUCACUGUACUGGAACCUUCAACUGCACCGGUAUCUCCAACUACACCGGUACCUUCUCUUGCACCGGCUCCCCCAGCCCCUCAUCCUCCCCCAGCUCCGGCUCCUGCUGACACACGACCUAUUCCAAGAGGCCAAGACAUCAAAAAAGCCUGGGAAGAAGGAUGGUACAGCACCCUGGGACCGAGACGGACCGUAGUCAAGAAUGCGAGCACACAAACGGAGCCAACAGAUCUUGCUAGCCAUGACAUGAAGCACAAGCCCUUAGAGCUGGCACCCCAAACGUACGCCAGUCGGGGCGUACAGACUCACUUGGUAGACUCUCCUAUCCAGGAAGAGCCCGAGCCCCCAGUCGUUAUACCAGAGCUUCCAAUCCCAGAGCUGAGUUCAGAUCCAGCUUCGUCUGAGGACACGGACACACAGACGUCUCUCGAUAAGGGGAAGGCUCUCGAGGGACCCCAGCCAAGCAUCUACGCCAACUUGGUCACUAUUCAUGGCAGCAGAGCUGAGGACGAAGUGGUGGAGCCAGAAUACUUUGGUGUAUCCUCAUCUUUUCCCGCCACUAUCACACUUCCUGACUCCCCUGAGCCUACGACUAAUGCGGAACCCGAGCCCACACAGACUCAUGCAACCGGCCUCGACCGUCCCAUCGCUAUCCACUCAUCUAUUCGAGGUUUCGUGAAGUCUACGAUACAUUCAAGACUGUCUGCUGCAGGGACUUCGAGGCGAAAUGAACCGGGGCCCAAGUCCUCUAUGGGCGGCACAAAGGCAAAGGAGUGUAAGAGCAUACAUCAGCAAUCACGAAGGGGUGUUCCUACUAGAGGUAUCACCCAGACUAAGGAUAAAAAGUAUGAAGACAAGAAGGAGAAAAUGUGCGAGAUGUCCGUGGGGCUGUUGGACCGACAGCCUACUAGUUCAUUCAAGUCUCUGGAGACUCAGCAAGCCAUUGAUACUACGACCACUUCCGCCAACGUCCCUAUUCACUCCACACCCAUCUCGAAUGACGACUCGAAACACGAUGCUCAAGGAAGCCCUGUCGUUAGACAUCCAAUUACCCCUGAGCUUCCUUUGACAAAGACUACUGAGCCUGCUACCCCAGAGAGUACAUCUGUCUCUAAUCUUUUGACUAGCGACCCCGUAAGUAUAGCAUCGGGAGCCCAAGACGGCCAAAGCGAAGUCUCUCUUCAGGCCUCCCCAGAGCCCUUUUCAAGCGUCGUAUCCGCCGAGAAUGAGCCUUCCACGGGAUACCAAUUUACUACUGUAUACCCAAGCACUGAGAGGAACCAACAGGCUUUGACUGAAGCUUUUAUUAAAGCUUGUGAAAAUGCCGAUAAAAAGACACCACUGCUCAAAGUCAAUGAAGAUGGGACAACUUUGCCCCCGGCUUCGACUUCGCUCCUUUCAAACACGCUGAGCCACUCUAAAUCUGAAGGAACAACUAUAGGGCAGCAAUCCAGCUCUCCUGGUCCUGGCUCCAUUCCCAUGCUUCGGGGAAGCGAAGACAUAGAGACUUCGCUCGAUGAGAUAAUCGCAGCAUCUACCCUGCAUGAAUACAACGAAUCUGACGAAGAUAUAUAUGAAGAUAGCCUCGAUGGCUAUAAUGUUGCCGACAACCAACAAGAGGGCUUGAACGGAGGACCAGAAACACCAGUCGCAAGAGCCAAUCCUCAGGACAGUGACGAAGAGAUGGGGAGUUCCGAGUCUGGUGCCGCCGGUGAUCCUGGUGUAGGUAUACUGGAGGAGCAGACCCUCCUAACAUCUACAACGGGUGACGCUCAAAUGACCGAUGUAUGGCGACCAAAUGAAGAGGAAAGGAAAAGAAUAGGAGAUGCAGCUCAAGAACUGCUCAAUGACCUCAUGGACCAAGAUGGAGACUCCUCAGAAGACACAAACCAGAAAGACAGCUGUCAACGAGCCCAAUGA